AUGUCGAGAGCCGUUAACGAGCGAAAUGAUACGGGCGACGGCAAGCCAGAGGCACGAGUUCCAGACGGCGGCGCAAGUGCUUGGCUCACGGUACUCGGGUGUUUCUUGGCAUUCUUUGCCUCUUUUGGAUUUGUCACAAGCUAUGGCAUAUUCCAAUCAUACUACGAGAAGACGUGGCCUGGGCGAAACUCGAGCGAUAUCAGCUGGAUCGGUUCCCUGCAGUUAUGGAGUAUCACUGGCAUGGCUAUUCCGAGCGUACUUUUGAACGCACAUAUCGGGCCUCACUGGACACUGGUUCUAGGCACCUUCUUCACCGUUCUUGGUGUCAUGAUGGCUAGUUUGUCAACAAGAUACUACCAGGUGCUGCUUUCACACGGCGUGGUUGCCAGCCUAGGAAUCGGCCUGACAUUCAUGCCCAUCAUCGGACUACCAAAUCAGUGGUUUAGUAAAAGGCGAGGUCUUGCUGUUGGGCUUGCUAUCGGAGGCUCAUCGGUGGGAGGCGUGAUCUGGCCUGUGAUGGUAGACCAACUGAUUAACAAAGAUAACAUAAGUUAUGCUUGGACGAUGCGUGCCAUUGGCUUCACACAGCUUGCCUCGAUGACGGUGGCGAUAGCCUGCUUACGGACCAACACACCCCGAAAUACGGCCGUCAAGCUCAGUUCCUUUCCUAUAGGCUCGGCUUUGCGACGUAUACCUAUCCUGGUUAUGGCCGGUGGCCUCUUUCUACAUUUUUUGGGCAUAUACGUGCCAUACUUCUACGCUCCGCUAUACGGCCAAAGCCUUGGUGCACGACCUCAAACUGCAUUUCAGCUCUCUGCUGUACUCAAUGCGUCGACGUUCUUUGGCCGAUUCGUUAUGGGUGCAAUCUCAGACAAGGUUGGCCACUGUAAUACGCUGAUUCUCUGCGUCGCAAUAAGCGCGGUGCUUACAUUUGCUUGGCAAGCUGUUUCGACAGUAGCAGGAAUGUUUGCUUGGGUUGUCUUCUAUGGGUGGUUUAGUGGUGCAAGUGUGUCUCUGCAAAGUCCGGCUAUAGUUCCGCUUGUUCCGGCUCCAAAGCUUACAUUGAUGGGCCCAUAUAUUGCCAUUCUCUGUCAGAUAUCGUCAUUUGGCAGUCUUGCGGGCAAUCCGAUCGCGGGUGCGCUUUUGCACGAAAGCUCAAGCGCUUCUUCAACUGGAGAAACAAUGUUCCAGCUGAAGAGCUUCCACACAAUGAUGUGGUUCACUGGAGCCGUCUUAUUUGGGGCUGCAAUCUUCUACCAAGCGGCUCGGCAUACACACACAGCGAAGGUGUGGUCAAAAGCCUGA